AUGAAUUGCUUUUCAUGUUUUUAUUUCCAUGAAAAGAAAAAAGCUCCCAAAGAUUCAGAUAACAGCCGCCGGAGAAAUGGUGAGCUGACCACCGGUAAAGACAACAACAAAACACACCCUGAGAAUCCAAAGACUGGAAAUGAGCAGAACAAGAACCACGAUGCAAACAAAGAAGUGACAAACAACAUUGCUGCGCAAACAUUCACCUUCAGGGAGCUUGCUACAGCGACAAAGAAUUUCAGACAAGAAUGUCUGAUCGGUGAAGGCGGUUUUGGAAGGGUUUACAAGGGAAAACUCGAAAAAUGUGGCAAGAUUGUGGCAGUGAAGCAAUUAGAUAGAAAUGGGUUGCAAGGGAACAAAGAGUUCAUCGUAGAAGUGUUGAUGUUAAGUCUUUUGCAUCACAAGCAUCUCGUAAAUCUCAUUGGGUAUUGUGCUGAUGGAGAUCAAAGACUUCUCGUCUAUGAGUACAUGUCUCGUGGUUCACUCGAAGAUCAUCUCCUCGAUCUAACACCGGACCAAGUACCGUUGGAUUGGGACACAAGGAUUAGAAUCGCGCUAGGAGCAGCCAUGGGUCUUGAAUACUUGCACGACAAGGCAGAUCCUCCGGUGAUCUACAGAGAUCUCAAGGCAGCUAAUAUCCUUUUGGACAAUGACUUCAACGCCAAGUUAUCCGAUUUUGGGCUGGCAAAGCUAGGUCCUGUCGGGGACAAACAACAUGUGUCUUCCAGAGUUAUGGGAACUUACGGGUACUGUGCUCCAGAGUAUCAGAGAACCGGUCAGUUAACCAUCAAAUCUGAUGUUUAUAGCUUCGGUGUUGUGUUGCUGGAAUUGAUAACUGGACGACGAGUUAUUGAUACUACCAGACCCAAAGCUGAACAGAAUCUAGUGACUUGGGCACAACCGGUGUUCAAAGAACCGAGUAGAUUUCCGGAGUUAGCGGAUCCAAGUCUGGAGGGAGUGUUCCCGGAGAAAGCUCUAAAUCAGGCCGUGGCGGUGGCGGCAAUGUGUUUACAAGAAGAGGCAACGGUGAGGCCACUCAUAAGCGACGUCGUAACAGCUCUCGGUUUCUUGGGAACAGCUCCUGAUGGCUCUAUCUCUGUUCCACACUACGACGACGUUCCUCCUCCUCGUCAGCCGUCGGAUGAAACGCCCGGUGAGGAUUCUGUGGCGGCGGAGGAAAGAGAAAGAGCCGUGGCUGAGGCUAUGGAGUGGGGAGUUGCCUCGAGAGCACAUUCCCGGAACCCUAGCGCUGCAAAUUCCCGGAACCCAAGCGCUGCACAUUCUCGGAACCCAAGUGCUUCUUGA